CCGAGCAUAUUGCCAGCACGUACACAAAUUAAAACGAACGACCUUCAAUGUUCUUCAAUGGAAAACAUUUCUAUCGCAUUUUAGUCUGACGUUAUUGCAGAUUUACCAUCUUAAACUACGUAGGUUUUUAACAUGGCUUGGUCUGCUCCUUCAGAGUGGGACCGAUGGGAUCCUGAUAGACUGAUAGUUUGUCCUUAUGACCCAAUACACAAGGUUCCCGCGAAGAGGUAUCAGUACCAUGUGAUCAAGUGUAGAAAGAAUUAUCCCGAGAAAGACUUUGUUUCAUGCCCAUUCAAUGCUAAACACAUAAUGUUGAGACCUGAACUUAGACGACACAUCACAAGAUGUCCAGAUAGGGGUGAAGUUGAACCAUAUUCAUUUAAAGAUAAUGAACAGGACAGUGAAGGGUUUUAUUUCAAAGGUGAUACCUCAGUGCCGUGUUAUAAAAAAGAACCUGUAUCAAGAACACUAGAUGAGGACUGGGAUAGAGAUGAUGAAGACACAACUUCUCUACAAAAUCUGUCUGAAUAUUAUGCAAACAGUGCAUCUUUACCAGGAGGAAGUAGACAACUAGUAGAAGAUAUAUCAAGCCUAAACUCAAGAGAACGAGAGCAAUUCAAGCGAAACAUGAGAACCCAGGCAGUACAAAGUCAUCAUUCGGCGCAGCAAAGAUUUUCGGACCACGCGAAUCAUCGUGAGGCGGCGGAGUCCAUUGCUAGGAGAAUUGGGGAUAUUGAUAUUAGAAGAGAAGAUGAAAAUGCUUCAAACAGUUAUCCACGAAGCCAAUGGUUUCAUCCUGUGAAUAGUAAUCAUCAAAAUGACGUCACUAUUAGUAAAACCACGAACUUUUAUUUAGAAAGUAUGCAAGAUGGUGAUGUCCCAUUGCAUGGCCAAGAAAAACAUUGGACAUCGAAAAAGGAUGAUAUUUCUGCUUCUAGGAAUUGUAACGGAUUUUCAAAAGACGAAGAUAAAUGCUUACGUAGUGAUUACUCGACUUCAGGAACAAUAUAUUCGCACCAAAAUAAUAGACAUUUUGAUAUAGCCACGAAUACGAAUAAUCAUAGUUUGGGCGUGGCUAGGCCGGAAAAGAUAGGAGAUGAAAACAGCACAGGUAUCCCCAUCUUCAAAGGAGCAGGUCGAGCUAAACUAGCCGAAGAAGCAAGGAGAAUGAAUUUCGGUUUGAGAAGAAGUGGUGCUCCAGUAGGCAGAGGAAGAGGAAUCCUGAAAUUAUUUGGCUCCAACUACCAGGGAUAGUCUCAACCAUCCAGUCUACUCUUCUGCUGUGUUGGAUUGGUAUUUAUACGCGAAGAAUGCGUCAUUAAGGGGCAGUACAUUAAUUGUUGAGGGGGAUGGGGGAGGGGUUACUGGAAUCCUGAAAUUAUUCAGUUCCAUAACCCAGGGAUAAUUUCAACCAUCCAGUCUACUCUUCUGCAGUAUUGGAAUGGUAUUCGUACACGAAGAAUGUUCGUUAUGUUUCGGGGGGGGGGAAGGGGGAUUGUGGACGACAAAAUAAGAGGGCACCGUAUUUCUACCAUUCGUUUCGGGAAGGUUGAAUUCGAUAUUCUAGUGGUUCCCUGCCAUUUUACAAUAUCCUUUUUAAGAUGUUAGGUUCUAGGACUCUCACCUUCAAAUGCCGCACUUAAACACAAAGAGUUUUAUCCCCACACUUGUCCCCUAUGUGAAUAAUGAGUGAUCCGUACCCAUGGCAACGACAUAUUUAUAUGUAUUUAUAACAACUAUUGCAGACAUAUAUAUGGAGAGGAAUUAGUGGGAAAAAUAAUACGCUAUUUCUGAAAAAUUAAUUGGAUAUAAUAUAUUGAUUCGAGUCUUUGAAUCAUUGCAUGGAUUAUUCUCCUGCAGGGAUUAUUCUUAAUAUUCAGCAAACACGUUUUAGUUCUUACUUGGCUUGUAGUUCGUAGUUUUAAAAUAAAAGCUUGUUUUCAAGAAGCCUUGGAAACAUCCUGAUGCUGGCGUCGUUUCACAUUACGAACAAGGCCCUUUUUAAAUCUCUCGGUAGAACUUAUGGUUUUCACUUACAUUGUGGCAAACUUUUCAGUUGCUCCCUGGUUGGACGAAUACAAAACAUUUCACUAAAUUUAUAUGACAAGAAACUAGUAUUUCUGCAUUUUCGUUAGACCAGCCGCUUACUUUACACACGUGUUGCUGGAUAUAUUAUUUCUAAUGGAAUCUUUUCGAGGAAGAUCACUCAUCAUCAACCUACAUAUAUAGGUGUCAUUCCAUUGUUACUGAAUGAUGACUUUUAUUGAAUCCUUUAACGAAGAAAAUUCACUCAUCAUCAUUAACAGUC